CCGCCCCACGGACAACCAUCGCCGUCGACCGGCUUCCACGCCACAACACGCCGCCAUCCGGCUGCCUACAGCUUCCCUUUCUGGUUUCUCAACACGGCAUACUGCAAGCGACUGGUUUUCGGUUUUGUUUCGACGCCUCUCCAGGCUCCGCCAACAGCUCGACAGCUAGACAUCCCCAAAGAUCACCUUCGACUCACGUCGGUGCAUUAGCCAGAGCGAUCGCCUCUCUCUCUCAACGCCCAACUCAGCAACUGGUCUACCAUUCAAGCAACGAAAGUCUUGUCUUCUCGUCUGAUUGUCAAGUGAAUCGACUACCAUCCGGUCGCAGUCGCAACGGUACUUUUGCGGAAGCCCGCCAUGGACUACGCCAAGCUCCGGGCUGCGGCCCUCCGUAGCGGCGAAGAUGAGGAAGCUGUGACAGUCGACACUCGUGCCUUGAUCGACAAGGUCCUUGCCCGCUAUUCUGGAGAAUGGACUACUCUCAGAGAGCUCAUACAGAACGCCGCCGACGCCCAGGCAACAACAGUCAAGAUCAAGUGGGAGACCCUCCCAUCGACACAGGUUCCUCUCCCGGCCACGACAGAAAGGUCCGAACUGCUCAAGCACAUCCUUACACACCACACUCUGCGACGACUGGUCGUGCAAAAUAAUGGCCAGCCGUUCACGAAGACGGACUGGGGCCGACUCAAGAGGAUCGCCGAGGGAAACCCUGAUGAGACCAAGAUCGGAGCAUUUGGUGUCGGUUUUUACAGCGUGUUUGCCGACUGCGAAGAUCCGUUUGUCAGCUCAGGAAGCGAGGCUAUGGCGUUCUACUGGAAGGGCAAUGCUCUAUUCACAAGAAAGCUGCAACUCCCGCCCGAAGAGUGCACGCCGAACACAGCCUUUGUCCUCGACUACAGAAACACGACAACCACCUUGCCGAACCUGCUGUCCGUCAGCCAGUUUCUCGCAACAAGUCUCACCUUUGUUUCGUUGGAGAGGAUAGAGUUCUGGAUAGAUGACUACCAAAUCCUUGGGCUCGACAAGAAGGCCAGUCCAAGUAGCGACGUGACACUUUCGAGAGAUGUGGAAACCACGACGAAAGACAGGCUCAUGAAGGUCCAGAGCGUGAGUCGCUCGAGUGCUCAGAUUGAUGCAUCGUACAUGAGCGCGAUCGGAUGGAAGCCGCAGGUGGCUUCUGCUGCGAAGGGCAACGAAUCCUACGGCUUUGGCAAUUCAGACAUGCCAUCACUCAGAAGUUUCUUCUCGCGGUUGACUACGAAUUCAGCGAGUUCCAAGUCGAGCAAAGUAGCGAAGGAGGAGAAGGCUGUCCAGGAAGCUAUUGCAGAAGACAUCACAAAGCUUUCUACCGCCACGAUCUUCCUUCGGGUGACUACUGCAGCCAUCAAGACAUCUGUAACAUCAAGCUUCUCUGCCGAGCUUGAGCGGGCCACCAAAAAGCCACCGCCCAAGGUCGCCAAGUUGUCCAUAUUGACGUCCUCGUACGACGAGACACAAGCCUCUGCUAAGUCUGAUAACUCAGUUGCGGUGGCUAAAGCUACUGAUGUCUUCGCCUCCGUAUUGCCAAGCAAGAAGCCCGGCGGACGCAUUUUCAUCGGAUUUCCUACUACGCAGACGACUGGAGCUGGUAUGCACAUUUCGGCUCCUUCGGUCAUCCCUACAGUCGAGAGAGAAGCUAUCGACCUCAACGCACGCUGGGUUCGUACGUGGAAUAUUGAAAUGCUCCGUGCAGCUGGAAUCAUGACUCGUCUUGCCUUCGCGAAUGAGAUGGAUGAGCUCAAUCACAAGCUGCAAAGGGCGCUCAAAGCUACCACCAAGUCAAAAUUCAGCGCAGAUAUUAUCGCCAAGUAUAUGCCUGAAGCGCAGCAUAUCCUGAAUGCUUUCACCUUUGGGGACUCUACACCAAGUGGCCACGUUUCGCAAAUCAUCGAGGAGGCGUUCUGGACGUCAUACAAGAAGCCCUAUAUUGAAGUCUAUAGUACUCAAGGUGUACUUUAUACCACAAAGGUCCGGUUGGGGACGCCUGAGCUGGCUUCAUUUGUGGACGGCAUUCCUAUCAUUCCGACCGAGCUCAGAGACAGUGGCUUUGUGCACAAGCUGACCGAAUUCGCACUGCUUACACAUAUCACAGUCGAUGAUGUACGUUUGGAGCUGGCCGACAAGCCUCUCAACGGAGCACAGCUAGUCAACUUUGUUCAAUGGGCAGCACGCAAGGCAAUCGUGGGCGAAUUGGAUCCGGGGAGCAAAGACAGAUUGCUUGAUGUUGCUGUCGCUGUGAUAAGUGAUGGUGAAGGUUCCCAAGGCGAUAUCAUCGCGCUCGGCAGCAUCAGAAACUACUUGAGCCCUACCAAAAUCCCUGCAGGGCUCCCAAUACCUCCGACCACGAUCCCCUACGAGUUUACAAGCAAAUGCACAACUACUGAGCUUCAAGCCCUCGGCUGGGAAUCACUGGAAGUGGUCCCGUGGCUUAGAUUUCUCAUCGAGACUAGAUCAGGCCGUUCAGUAGAUCAAGAUCUCACGCAAUCGCCCAAGUUCGCUAUCCAGAUUCUCAACGUCUUGUCCAAAGGCUGGGACAACCUAAGUCAGAGCUCCAAGGCAACAGUUGUGUCUUUGCUGCAGGCCAACACAGUCAUGCCGACCAAGCUCGGCAUGAGAAGACCGACGGAGUCCUUCUUCCAGUCGGUGAAACUGUUCGACGAUCUUCCCACUAUUGAGGGAUGUUCAAGCCUGAAGGACAAGUUCCUGACUGCGCUUGGUGUUCGCAAGACAGUGGACCUUGAUACCAUCUUCAAAAGGCUGCUUAAUCCAUCUCAAGACGCCGACGGCGCCGGCCAAGCACGCUGGAGUCAUGUGGAGCUGAUCAAAUACCUUGCAUCCGUGCAAGCCGACAUUCCCAGCGAUGACCUAAAGAAGCUUACAGAGUCGCGCAUCUGCCCAGCUGAAGGCGAGGCAGUGGGUGGCGAGUCUGCAAAACCUGGAGCUCGCCUUUACAGAGUCUCUGAGCUCUUUGAACCACGUGCGCCCCUGCGAGAGCUGGACGUCAAGAUCUUGCAGUGGCCGAGUGGUGGUCUACGACCAGGCUCUUCCGAGGCGAGGUUUCUAACCCGCCUAGGACUGCGGCCGUAUCCCACAGCUGCGGAACUCGUUGACAUGAUGGCGUCAUCGGACUUGUCACUUCGCGAGCGAGCGAUGAACUAUUUCAUCAAAUUUCAUGUCACGAAUGGCUAUGCUUCAUUCAACAUCGGUUCGAGCACGAAGGCAUUCUUACCUAUUGAGGGGAACCCAAAGAAGGUGGCGGCGCCUUCUGCCUGCUUUUCAAACGCAAAUGCGGCUGUCCUAGGCUUCGAUAUUUUAAAGCGGGACUUACUACCCCAUGCUCUUAAAUUCGGGGUGGCGACAGAUCCCCCGAUUGCCGAAUGUUGUGGCAGACUACUGCGAAGCCCCCCGCAGACCCAGGGAGAUGCGACCGUGCUCUUCACUUACUUUUCCACAAGGCUCAACGAACUGAGUGACAACCUCGUUGUGAGGCUGCGUGAUGCUCCCAUUGUCCCCGUCGCUCGACGGAACCGACUCUCAGACGGAGGUGCCGCCACGAAGGCGGCGGAUGUCCAGCACCUUAGCCCCCGAAAUUGCUACCUUGGCAAUUCCGUGGUCUAUGGCGAGAUCUUUGAUUUCGUGGACUUUGGAUCGACGGCGAACACUUUUCUCUACAAGUGCGGUUCGAAGACGGAGCCGACCAAGCUAGAGAUUGCCCAUUUGGCAGCUGAAGAGCCGGCCAAGUUGCUCAGUGUUCUUCAGAGCCCAGAGAAAUAUCUCAACUUGUUGAGAUUCUUGGCUGAGGAUAUGGCAACCAUCAAGCGAGACAAGGACCUGUGGAGGAAGAUGAAAUCGGCUCAAUUCUUGCUUGCGUUCAAGGAGAUCAAUGUCGUGUCCAAGGAGAAGGAGGCUGAGGCUGAGGAAGAGGAGGCCCCGAUCCGUCAUUAUCAGCUUGCGUCUGCACCGCAGAUUGUGAUCCUCGACGACUACAUCAGCUACCGCUUAUUCAAGGACCACCUCAUGUGUGCGCCUGAGGAGGACAAGCUGGAGUCAUUUUAUGCCGCCCUAGGCUGUCCUGCUCUUUCAAGCACAGUUCAGGAGGACCUCAAGAUCGGUGGUCUGAGCCAGAAGCAGGACGGGGCCGUUUGGCUUCGUAAGCACGUCCUUGAACGUGCCAAGCUGUUCAUCCACGAGUAUUCCAGACACACGCCCGAUGCUAUCAGGCGGGACGCAAAAUGGCUUGAGAAGAACUUGAGCGUGGAAGUCGUGCGGUCAAUUGCUCUCCGCAGAUCGCUUCGUGGACAAGGGCAAACACACACAGAGAAGCGAUCUGCCGCCAGCGCUAAGAGCCAGAAUGGCUAUGUCUUAUACGUGGCAGCCGAAACGUCUCGCCCAGACAUGUACCAAGUCGGACAGGCAAUCUGCAUGCUUAUUCUGAAUCGUCCCGGCCAGCAAGCCUAUUUCUUCUUCGAGCCGUUUUUGAAGCUCGAUCUCCUGGACCUUCGGAGUCGUGGAUACAACGUCGACCGUAUCCUGCGGGCUAAGGCAGCCGAAGCUAGAAUCGCCGAGGAAGAGAGACGCAAGGCGCUUGACGAAGAACAGGCUCGUAUUCGUGAGAGAGAGCAAGAGUUCAGACAGCAGACCCAAAGUGCCCCUCCUGUGUCAAGGGAGCAGAACAAGACGCCGCCCCCUCGCAUGCCCGGCGGAUUCCACAAUUCACCAGACGACCUGUUGCAUUCGGCGCCGCCACCAAUGCUAGCACCUUCUACCUCGGGGCCGAAAGGAAAAGGGCUUUUUCAGAGCUUUUCGAAACGUUUCGGCUUCGACACCUCUAGCGAUGCACAAGACAGCCUUAACAAGUUUGUCGACUCUGCGCCAGAGCCCGCCAAGCUGCCACCCGCUGGACCCUCUGGCUCUGGAAUCAAGCCUCCACCGGACGGUAAGGUGACCAACCCGGCGGUGGUGCAACAAAACCUCCUCAAUGCCAUCAAAUCGACACGAGCACAUGACUCGUCCCAGCUGUUUUCGCCGCCGACGACGCAAGAGGUUAAGGAGCAGGCGACGUACUGCGACGACACGGCAGGGAAGGAUCUCGAGUUUGCCGCCGAGUCGUCCAACAACAUGCGGGUGUUUGUGUCGCGGGAUGUGACGAUCAGCAUUGGCGAGCUGCUCAAGGCGCACCAUCGGGACAUCAACGCGUUUGCUGUGCUGCUGCGGGAUGUGGGCGAUGUGUACGCGAUCCCUGCAUCCUCGCUGCAUAUUUUCUACGACGAGACGGGCAACACGAUUGCCUUUAACCGUGAUGGCAGUGUAUUCUGCAACCUGCGCUUCUACCUGCAGCUUCACGGCCCCAAGGCGGGGAGUGGACCCGGGCGGGCCGAGGCGGCCGUGUACUGGUGGGUUGUGCUGGCGCACGAGCUUUCGCACAACAUUGUCAAGCCGCACAAUUCAGACCACAGUUUUUACACUGAGUCGUUUGUGCAGCAGUACUUCCCGCGCAUGAUGGCCAAGGCGAAUGAGUACGUGAUGUCGGCGGGGAUGGCUGCGGCCGGCUCAGGUGCCGGGCCAGCAGCAGCAGGAGCUCCGCCGCCGUACAGAGAGCGAUGAGGUCUGUAGACGAUGACGGAAGGUGUUUUGUAGAAGAGACUCCCAAACCUGUACUUACACUGGUCUUGCAAGCUGGACAAUAGACGGGGAUUGCACAGCCGCCGUAGUGGUUGACAAUGAGAGAGGAUGAUUUGAUGGCAUGUGAA